ACCGGCUAUUGCAGAUUCCUGGCCGUCUGUGCACUGAUUUUCCCAAGGACUCAGAGUUUCUUGCCAAAACAACAGAGGGUAUUACUUGUAUCAUUUGACGGCUUCAGAUGGGAUUAUAUCUAUAAAUUCCGAACUCCCAAUUUCGAUGAGGUCAUGAAGGAUGGUGUUCAUGUCGAACAGGUCACAAACGUGUUCAUUACCAAGACAUAUCCUAACCACUACACAAUGGUGACAGGCCUCUACGCGGAGGACCACGGUAUAGUCGCCAAUGAGAUGUACGAUCCAGUUUUGAACGAAACUUUCUCCAUGAACCACAUGACCAUGUAUAAUCCAAAGUUUUGGGAACACGCUUAUCCAGUCUGGAUCACUAACCAGAUUCAGGGACAUAGAAGUGGCGCUGCGAUGUGGCCGGGAACCGAUGUCAAGAUACACGGGGCCUUUCCCACACACUACUUGCUUUACAAUGAAUCCGUUUCAUUUCAAGAGCGUGUUGCCAAGCUUAUCGAGUGGUUUACGUCCGAAGAGCCUAUAAAUCUCGGACUCCUGUACUGGGAGCAGCCAGAUGAGAUGGGACAUAUUUUGGGUCCAGAUGAUCCUGGUAUGGAGUUGGUCAUUAUGGAGAUUGACAAUCUGCUGAGCCAUCUUGUGCGGGAACUGAAGAGAGCAGAAUUGUGGGACACUUUGAAUGUCAUCAUCACAAGCGACCACGGAAUGGCCCAGUCAUCCAGAGACCGGAUCAUAGAGCUCGACCAGUAUGUGGACAGAGACUUGUAUAUGAUGAUUGACCAUUCGCCUGAUGUAGCGAUUUUGCCAGCAGAAGGCAAACUUGAUGAGGUAUACAACGCUUUGGUCAAAGCUCAUCCCCAUAUGACUGUCUAUAAAAAGGAGGACAUUCCAAGUAGGUUGCAUUACAGACAUAGCACUAGAAUCCAACCAAUCUUAGCGGUGGCUGAUGAAGGAUGGGAAAUCCUGCAGAACAAAUCUGACCACUUUAACCUGGGCAACCAUGGAUAUGACAACACCCUACCGGACAUGCAUCCUAUCUUCUUGGCCCACGGACCUGCCUUUAGAAAGAACAUCAGCAAGCAGGCGAUGAACUCCACGGACUUAUAUCCCCUGUUGUGCCACCUGUUGGGUCUUGAGCCGCUGCCCAGCAAUGGUUCCCUUGACAACGUGAAAGAUCUCCUUGUUAGCGCAGCCCCAAAAGAGCCACAGGAUAGAAGUCGGCAGGAAUCUUAUGCCCGUUUCUUUGGCGUUUUUCUCGGCAGCGUACUUGUCAUUGGUUUCCUUGUAGUGUUCAUAAAAUAUUUAACCCGUAGCCAGGUCUCGGCCCUGCGGGAUCAACACGGAGAAAUAGCUCAGCCAUUACUACAAAGUUAACUUGGUUUUGAAACAGAGAUUGCUUUUGGAUAGCCUUUUUAUUCUUAGUUAAGAGCUCUUCCAGCCCUUAGUGUAAGUGGACACCCACAAGAAUCUGUAGGUCACCUGAUCAGGCAGUACUGACAGUAAAGGUAUGAAUUGGUUGCUCUUUAACCAAGAUUCUUUUGAAGCGUUAAGCUUUUAAAGAGGACUGACAGCCGCUAAUUAGCGAUCUUACACUCGUGUGCCAUUCUGAACUGGAUCUUUUGAGAACAAAAUCGUUGUCUUAAAUGCACUUUAUGGAAUUCACCUCAGCCUCAGUCCUUCAAUGUAUCAAAUCAUUGUCUUUGACAGAAUCCCCGCUAAUAUUGUUUUGCAAAUUAAAAAAAUUAAGCGUGGCCUGGUGGUUGUAUUGAUACAUACACAAACCUUCUUAAACUGCUUGAACUGAUACUAAGCCAAGUGUGGUAGCAGUUGUACAAGAUGCAGACACAGCCUUUAAAUAAGAUUUCAGCGAAAACUAAGGCAAGCUUAAACAUUAACUGUAGAAGAUGUGCAAAAAGCCCAGUUUAGUAUGACCAAUCGUGAUCUAUUUUAGUUCAAAAUAAUUCUUUUGUUUACCGUUUAUCACUAGUUGACUGGGCAGUAAGCCAACUUGGCAUAUAAAAUUAAUACAGAAUAAUAGACCUAACAGUAGCAUCCUAAGCAUCUAAGUCCAUGGAUUUCAGUUGACUUAGAAGAUGCUACCCUGGAUAGCACUGUAAUAUCUGACCUUUGUCUGAAGUAACAGACAGGUUGGUGAACUUAAGACUUCUGACUCAUGUGUGCCUCAUUUCCUGAAGAACUGUACAGAUCAGAUUCUCACAUUAAGAACUACGGCUGUGUCAUAUAGUACUUUAAAAAUCAGGUACUUCGCCAACCUGCAAAAGUUGUCAGUGUCUCAAGGUUUAAGAAGCAUGACACAUUUUACAUUAAUAUGACACAUUCAACUUGGCAGUAAUCGGCACGAUUAAAUUGGUGUCUUCUGCUACUUAUGCUGGAGUCGUAGCAAGCUGUUAAACAUUUUUGGGAACACGGAGGCCAGCUGCCGAGCAGGAAAAGAGACAAGAAUUCAAAUCAGCCUGCAUGAACUUGUCUGAUAUCCGUAUAUGGCCAUACAUGCAUGUUUAUAUGUCCUCUUGGCUUUUGUUUUCCUGUUAGGCCACCAGUGCUUGUAGACGCUUCUUUGAUACAUUCUUUUUUUUAAAAAAGUGUAGUAUGUUGUAAUCAUAAUAUGUUGACCAAUUUAGGUAUCUUUGAAAAAAAUACAUAGAAGCCAAGUUACUGCCCCAUCUUGCACCAGGGCUUGGAACUCACUGUCUCAAAGCCAAAUCUUUUUAGCCUUGAGGGAAAUGUAGCACUUAAUGCUGAAUUACGUAAGGUCAAGCGUGAGUGAUUGUGUCAUUAUGGUUGUCAGUUUAAUGCAGGGGCUCGCCAAGAAAACGAUGCCUACAUUACAGGGAAAAGCACAACCCUUGACAUAAAGUCUCCCUUCUGUAGGCGGUGAUUUGUUUGAAAUGGUGAUUUAGACAUAACUGAGGCAGGUGAAGCAAUUAGGUAAGAUCAGAUUACAACUUUUGGUGAUGAGUGGCAUUCAAAUUAUACAUUUAGCCAUAGGAACCAGAGCUAAUUAUGGUAUGUAAUCAUAUAGUAGAGAUCUCUAUUUCAUAAGCCCUGUGGUGAUAUUAAGACUAGUGUGCCUUUUGGCCUCUACUUUUACAAGCUGUUUAACAGCUAAUGCCAGCUUCUGAUGUUUUAUUUGUUAUAAUAGGCAGGUUCAGCUACAGCUUAAAGACUACACAAGUUAAAAAAAUAAAUGUUUCCCGUGAUCGAAAGCCAGUCGAAUCCGACUC